GGUUGACCUUGACCUUCAGUCUACUUCAUGCACUCGGCUCUGAAAUCGUGUCAGAGUGGGAGGUCUGUGUGUUUUCCUAUCUGUGGAGCUGCAGACAAACGUGUCUUCGUCUCUUCCUCCGUUUCACCCAAAAUCUUCCUCUGUGCGUCCGUCGUCUGUGAUGGAGGAGAAAGAAGAAAGAGGAGGAGGAGGAGGAGGAGGAGGAGGAGGAGGAUACUACCGGGCAGCCAAGCGGCUGCGGACAGAGGAGCAGGCCGGCGGAGAGGAGCUGGAGGACGGGGAGGAGGAGGAGGAGAACUCCGCCGGAGAGGAGGCAGCGCGGAGCGGACACACCGAGAGCAGCAGCCGGAGGAGCCGACGGGAGGGACAGGAAGCGAGGCCAUCUGUUUUCUCUCUACAGGAACGCCAUGUUGGUCUCCAGGACGGCGUGGAGGACAGUCACCGGAUCCUCCCGUCUCCAGUCGUCCACGUCCGAGGGCUCUGCGACGCCGUGGUGGAGGCCGACCUGGUGGAGGCGCUCGACAAGUUCGGCAACAUCUGCUACGUGAUGAUGAUGCCGUUUAAGCGGCAGGCCCUGGUGGAGUUUGACAGCGUGGAAAGCGCAGAGCGCUGCGUGGCGUGUGGAACCCAAGAGGCCGUCUACAUCGCCGAGCAGCAGGCCUUCUUCAACUUCUCCACCAGCCAGAGGAUCACCAGGCCCACCAACGCAGACGACCCCACCAGCGGAAACAAGGUUCUGCUGCUGUCCAUCCAGAACCCGCUGUACCCCAUCACCACCGAUGUUCUGUACACCGUCUGCAACCCGGUCGGUAACGUCCAGCGUAUCGUCAUCUUCAAACGCAGCGGCAUCCAGGCCAUGGUGGAAUUUGAGUCAGUGGGGGAUGCUCAGAAGGCCAAGCUGGCUCUGAAUGGAGCCGACAUCUACGCCGGCUGCUGCACGCUGAAGAUCGAAUACGCUCGGCCCAACAGACUGAACGUCGUCCGCAACGACAACACCAGCUGGGAUUACACCAAACCUUUCCUCCUGCACCGAGAGCGGGGUAAAGGGAGGCAGCGUCAGGCCAUCCUCGGAGAGCAUCCAUCCAACGGCUACGGCCCACACUGCCCCCUGCUGCCUCUGCCUACGAACAGCAGGUACAGGAGGAGCAGCCAGGAGGUGCAGGACAUGAUCUCCUAUCCACUGCUCCUCCACCACAAGAGCGCCUCCUCCUCCUCCUCCUCCUCCUCCUCCUCCCUCCUGGGCCAUGCCACUUCCAGCUCCGUUGCCAUGGUGAGCAGCCUGCAUCCCGUCCAGAUGAACUGCAGCCGCAUCUUCAAUCUCUUCUGUCUCUACGGCAACGUGGAGAAGGUGAAGUUCAUGAAGAGCGUUCCCGGCACGGCGUUGGUGGAGAUGGGAGAUGAAUACGCUGUGGACCGAGCUGUGACUCACCUCAACGGCAUCAAGGUGUUCGGCAAGAAACUGAACGUUUGUGUGUCCAAGCAGCAGGCGGUGAUUCCCAGUCAGGUGUUUGAGCUGCCGGACGGCAGCAGCAGCUACCAGGACUUCAGUCUGACCAGAAAUAACCGUUUCAGCAGCGCGCAGAGCGGCAGGAACAUCAUCCAGCCGCCCGCCGCCGUCCUGCACUUCUACAACGCCCCGCCCACCCUCAGCGAACACCAGCUGCACAAGCUCUGUACUGAACACAGCGCUCCCGCCUUCACCAAAUUCAAGAUCUUCGACGCCAAACCCAGCUCUAAGACUCUGUCGGGUCUGUUGGAGUUUGACAGUAAGACUGAAGCGGUGGAGACUCUGACUGUUCUCAACCACCACCAGAUCAGAAUACCCAACAGCUCCAACCCUUUCACCCUGAAGCUCUGCUUCUCCACCUCCUCCCACCUGUGACCUGAGAGCAGCGUCCCGGUCCUCCAGAGAGGACGUCCGUUCAGCACAAAGACGAAAAGGACAAAAGUUUAUUUGACUCGGUAUGGAGCAGGAAGUGUUGUGAUGAGGCGCUCUGAAGAAGAACUAAACGCUCGACGUGGAUUGAAACACUUUUGUUUUCUUUCUUCCUGAAUGAUGUCAGCAGCUCGACAGUUGCAUUUAAUCACACAUGAGAAGUGGAAUCUUUGUUUCAGUAAAUAUCAUAUUAUUGUCCACAUGAAGAUAAAGAUGUUGUACUGUUUUAGGACGCUUUUAUUUUUGUAACUCAGGGAGGAAUCAUUAAAAACUGUCAACCAAUCAGAUACCAGCUACAAAGAGACAGACAGAGAUUUUAUGAACAAUGCUAAAAUAUUUUUCUUUUGUUUAUAUUUUAUGUUUGUUAUG